CAUGUUAUCUGUGACGUCAGUAGUACAGAUGCAGGCUGCAGUUCCACCUGAUCCUUGCGCAGUUCUUGUUACACAAAGGCUCUUCACUGAAAUACUGUUCUGUAGCUGCCGGCGUUUUCUUAUGCUCAUUUACGGCCGCUCCCAUCAAAUCUCCAAUGUCUUUAGGGGUAGCAGGCCCAUAUGAUGCUGUACCUGGAAAAGGGAGUAAACGGAUCUAGAAGAAGAUGAUGUUGGCAAGGACUAGGAUGCGAAGGGUGGCAGCGGCGUGCAAGAAGGGAGUAAGAAACGGAAUGCCAUCAACAACGAGGACUAUUAACACUCAAAUGGAUGACAGCUACCCAAUUCUACUAUCUCCAUCUCUUGUCUCGCUAGACCUCCCUGACAUUUGGCCUACUAAUUCCAGGCCCAACGAUUUUCAAUCAACCUGUAGAUGCUCCAAUGAGCAGACUGCUGCAAUAAUUGAUGGUAAGUCAAUUGCGGGGGAGAUUAUGUCCAGAAUAGCUUGUCAGGUCUGGAGGAUGAAGGAGUCCAUUGGAAGGGUUCCUGGAUUGGCUGUCAUUAUGGUGGGCCAGAGAAGGGACUCCCAAACUUAUGUGCGCAACAAGAUAAAAGCUUGUGAAGAAACAGGAAUCAAGUCGUCAAUGACUGAACUGCAUGGAAAUUGUAAAGAUGAUGAAGUUGUGAAUGUUUUGUCAAGAUUUAACGAGGAUCCAUCAAUUCAUGGCAUUCUUUUGCAACUUCCUCUUCCCCAGCAUUUGGAUGAGGAGAAAAUUUUGGAUGUGAUGAGCCUAGAAAAAGAUGUGGAUGGCUUUCACCCACUCAAUAUGGGAAAUCUGGCCAUGAGAGGGAGGCAGCCUUUGUUCAUUCCCUGCACUCCAAAAGGUUGCAUUGAGUUAUUGAUGAGGUCUGGUGUGGAAAUCAUGGGUAAGAAAGCUGUAGUGAUUGGAAGAAGUAAUAUAGUUGGAUUGCCUACAUCCUUGCUUUUGCAGAGGCACCAUGCAACUGUCAGCAUCGUACACGCAUUUACCAAGAACCCAGAACAGAUCACCUGUGAAGCUGACAUUGUGGUUACAGCUGCAGGAGUGCCUAAUCUAAUUCGUGGCAAUUGGCUAAAGCCUGGUGCAGUUGUCAUAGAUGUGGGGACAAACCCAAUUGAGGUAUCAAUUUUGCAAAAGUUGAAAAUCGAGGCAUCGAAUUGCAAACACGUGGAAACCCAAGACCCUAGCUGCGAAUAUGGUUAUCGUCUCACAGGAGAUGUUUGCUAUGAAGAAGCAGUGAGGGUAGCGUCGGCCGUUACCCCUGUGCCUGGAGGAGUUGGGCCGAUGACAAUUGCCAUGCUCCUAUCCAACACUCUUGACUCUGCCAAACGGGCAUAUGACUUUACUUAGCACCUCUAGAUGUAAUAUACAUUAAAAUUUUACAUUGCGUCAUGGACUUCUUGCCAUUGUUGUAGUCUUGAGAUUUUAUUCUAUACGGUUGAAAAUAUGAGAAUUCCUUCUCGUUGGCGAAAUGAAAUUGAAAAUCUUCUAGACCU